UCCUCUCCUCGUCGUCUUCCUUCCUCGGCCUCCUCCAAUCAAUCCUGCUGCCACGCACCAAGCCUCGCCUCCUUUCAGUUUCCAUUCGGGUUCCCCUUUUCUACUAGAUACUAGACUACUACCCUCCUCUCGUCUCCUCUCCUCUCUUCUGUGCCCUAUCCUAUUGCAGCCGCCACCCGCUGCCGCCGCGCUUCGUGUAACGGGCUCGGCUUCUUGCUCACUUCCGCCGUCCCGCGAGGCGCGCCGACCGGCCAGGAGGCCAACGGGGAACAGACGGAUGCAAGUAUUUCCUACCAGCUACCGGUGAUCUCGAGGAUCACAGUCCAUCAAGGAUAAGGAUAUGUGUAACCUUCAUGGUUGACUUAGUUUGGCUGCCGUGCCUCUGCUUUCUCCAAGUGCAGGGGGUGCAAGAUCACGGCCAUGGAACCUCAUAAGCUUCGCUUUGUUAGAUGCCCCAGAUGCAACAUGCUUCUUGUUGAAUACCCCUCCAUUCCAGUUUACAAAUGUGGUGGCUGUGACACUGUUCUCAGAGCGAAAAAUCGAGCUGUGCCUCAAACACAAGCUGGCUCGGGAUCAGAUCAACACAACAGCUUUCCAAGUAGCCUGCAGGGAUCCCCUCAGAGUAGCAAAUCAAUUUUCUCUGAUGAACAGAAAGCUGUCUCCUCUGUUGAUCAGCCUCGUGAAGCCACGGCAGAUGGAAGCAUAUCCUCCACUAUCAACAAUGUCGACUCCUGCAAGGGUGCAAUUCAAAAAAGAGCAAUGUCCGCUGCAGACAUUGUAACCCGUGAUGAGCAUCUGAAUGAGGAAGCAGGCUCCCUAAAUGAUGGGAACAUCCAAAACUCAGAAGAGGAUAUGGUCAAAGAGAUACAUGACAAAGACAGUGGAGCUGGCACUAGCUCAAAUUUGACUGAAAAACUUGGAAACCUUGACACAAAUGAAAAUCCAAAUGGUGGCGAAGUUGAUGGUUUUGCCACUAGUGAUGCAAGCACACUGAAUGGGAAAACUGAGGUUGUUAACAGGGAGGAGAGGUUGCGAUCAUAUGAAGGCAUGCAUGUUGAAUCUCAUGAAGCCCUGAUUGAAGAGUUGGAGAGGUCACUUUCGUUUAGUAGUGAUGAUGAAUACUUUUCAGAUGAAGCAGAAAACAUUGGGCUUAGUGACGCUCUAUGUAAUCAGAUGGGUAGCCGCAGAUUUAUGCUAGGGGUCAAAGCUAAUGAUGCCUCACGGAGUGAUCCGCAUAGUCGAUUGAUUGAGGAACUAGAGAUGUCUUUCAGCGAUGCAGAAGAGCCAAUGGAGGAGCAUGCUGUUGUUGUAGAGAGAGUUCAUGGGAUUGUGCAUGAUGCUCAUCCACAGAACCUGGGUGCUGAAAGUGCAUAUCCAUGUGAAGAAAGCCUCUCAUCAUUUGACAAUAGACAUCUCAAAUACGAACAAAAUUCUCAUCAAGAAAUUAGGCUAAUAGGUAACGCCGACAAACUAAAGGAAGAGUACAAUACUGAAGAAAACAGUACCGCCAAAGAUGCAGCAGAGGACGUUGUAGAUAGUUCUCAUGAGAGUGGCAAGGAUUGGCAAUCCAUUGACUUGGAAAUUGCAGAUCCAUGUGAAGUGGGCGUCCCUUUACUCGGUGACAAAAAUAUCAAAGAUGAUGGUAAUUAUGCAAUGGAAAAGUGCCAUACUGAAGAUGACAGUACUACCAACCGUGUUAAUGUUGUAGAUAGUUCUCAUGAGAGUGGCACGGAUUGGCAAUUCAUUGACGUGGAAAUCGCAGAUCCAUGUGAAGUGGGCAUCCCUUUACUCGGUGACAACAAUAUCAAAGAUGAUGGCAAUUAUGCAAUGGAAGAGUGCCGUACUGAAGAUGACAGUACUACCAACCGUGUUAACGGGAAUGCUCAUAUUGUGGUUGAAGAUGACAUUGUAGAGGUAUCUCAUGAAAAUGGUAGGGAUCAGCAGUUCACGGACGCUGAAAGUGCUCAUCCCUUUGAAGGGAGCGUCUCUUCGGUUGAUGAUGGGAAUGAAAAGUUGAAUCAAAGUUUUCAACGAGAUGAUCUGAUUGCAGAUGUCACUGAAAAAAUGGAAGAGGGUUGUAUGGAAGAUGACAACGUGAACAGCUAUGUUCAUGAUAUUGAGAAUCUGCUGUUUUCAAAUGAGGACAUUUCAGAUAGACCUUGUGGUAAUGAAGGGUUAAUGGCUGAUUGUCGCGCUGGAGAAAAUGAAGAGAGCCAUAUGGACGAUGAUAAUAUGCCUAACACUGUUGAUGCAGAUGAGAAUGUUGCAGUUGCAGAUGACCACAUUGCAGAGAGAGCUGAUAAUGAUGAAGCCCCUCUUCAUUCAGGUGAUAUGGCUAACGCUGAUGGUAAGGAUUGGCAGUCCCUGGAAGCUGAAGGUACACAUCUAGGUGAAGAAGUCCUCUCUUCACUUAACACCGGACAUAUCAAAUCUGAACAAGGUCUUCAACAAAAUGAGUUAAUAUAUGAUGGCACUAAAGAGAAGGAAGAGGCUGAUAUGGAUGACGGCAAUGCAAGUGCAACUGUUGCCAGUUUUUCAAGCUUGUCGUACAAGAGGACACAACACAAAGUACCUAGCUUUAAUAAGAACAAAGAAGAGAUAUCCUAUGGAUAUAAAGCUAGUCAACUUCGUCAGGGACUCUCUCUUGAUUCUGAAGACUUCAAGUCAAUACAAAACUUUAUUGAGUCGCAAGUUGAUGGUACCUCAAGUUCUCGUUCAAGUGGGUCUCCCAGUCAAGGGGUUUUGGGCCCCAGAACGUCAAACAAAUUCAAUAAUAUUGUUAGACACGAGCGCCUCAAAAAGAUGGAUGAACUAAGAGAUCAGCUAAGUAGGCUUUCUAGCCAGAGAGUCUCAGAGAAAAGUUUUCAGAAGAGAGACCCAGAGUACCAGCAACAAUCCAACAGCUGUGAUGUUGAGCAGCUUCUCCAAAGCGUUGAUGGUGAUUCCAUUCCAAGCUCCUGUGCUCUAGAAUCCUAUUAUGGUCAUGGAAGGCCGCCACCAAGGUACCAACCAUCCAAUCCUUUCUCACCAGCCCAUGCAUACACACACUGCCAUUUUGGACAUGCCCAAACACGCAUACCUCACAACUACGACCCGUGGGAGUUCAAUUCAUAUUAUCAAUCCUCAUAUGCUGAAAGCACAAUUCUUGACUACGAGUCGCUUAGAUCAAGCUACAAGGAGCAGAAACGAGUGGUGAGAAAGCAUAUUUUGCGACCUCUGUCAGGUGCUUCCCCAUACACUAUCUGCAACAGCUGUUUCAAUUUGGUUCAAAUGCCAUCAGAUAUCUACAUAUCAAAGUCCAAGAUUGGCAAAAUGCAGUGUGGCAAGUGCUCCAAGGUCUUUGCACUAUCAUUUCCUUCAGUGCAUCAGGCAGAUGCAAAGAUCAGCAUGGACGUGCCUCAACAGUCAUACAACCCUGUUGAUAGCACAAUCCCAACAAAUGAGUAUAUUACUUCUUAUUAUGCUGAGUGCCUAACAGGGGGUCCUGUUAGUACCAGUGAAGAUUAUGGAGCCUCGUACACAAGAAGCUUGCCUACUCAAGCUGGAUCUAGUAGCCUUGCUGCCACACAAAGUGGUAAGAAGGUUUCUGACUCGGCACUUCAUCGACUCAUGGGGUAUGAUUCAGCAAGCCAGUUGUUACGUCACAGCAGAGUGUUUGAUGAUGGCUAUGAGAGCUUUGAGUCAAUGGUACCAGUUUCUAGCAGAGUAUCCAGAAGAAAGAACAACUGAGGUCUUGCUCUGAGGUUUGUAGCCUCUGGUCCCUUGCAAUUAGGAUAGCAUGGCCAAACAUUUCUGGAGUAUGUUUCGGCCGUACAAGUCUUUUCUUGUGAUUAUGAAGACAAGUAGACACCUUGCCUGCAAAUAGUUUCAGAAGCUUUCCAGAGAACAUAAAGUUAUUUGAAGUAUUUUAGCCUUUCACAUUCUUUAGUUGUGGUGUACAGACAUUACUUAUUCUUUCUGUAAAUUUGCCCAUAUUUCAUAUCAUUCAUUAAGAUAUAUCACCUACUUUUUGAAAUAAGACUGGGAAAUGACAAUUCUAGAUAUUAGCUA